AUGUUCUACAUUUUCGCCGCCGUUGUUUUUAUUGCGAGUGGCGGGGGUGCGCAACUUAACGAAGACAGCUGUGACACGAAGGAGCUGAAGAUAUGCGUAGACAUGACUCCGAAGACUCCUGUCGGUCUACCGAGGACAAGAAAGGAGUUAGAUGCACAUUGCGCGUACGGCUACCAUACGGGAAUGAGUUGCAUGGACGCCUGGAUCAAGCGCUGCCUUCCAACGGACGGCCAGAGGCUGGUGCAGCAGCAGAUCGGCGGUGCCCGGGCUCUCAUGAGAUUCCUCUGCACGAAUGACUCGGCUCUGAGGAAGGAUUUCUUGAAGGAGCCAACGUGCUGGGCUCUCGUGUCACCCGAAUGGUCCAGCUGCGUGGAUGAACUUCAGAUGGCCGUGAGAGACAUAACCGAGCGAGCGCAACUCAUCACAUAUUUCAAUAAGAACUAUGAGCUUUGCUGCGCUCGAGAUGAAUUCGUCUCGUGCGUUGGCCACUCGGGCCGAUCCUGUUCAGCUUCAGCCGGCAGCCUUCUCCGUCGCAUGGCCUGGGUGCUCGCACAAGACGUAGCGGCCUGCAGCCAACAGCCUCGAGCGCAUUGCAAUGCACCGCCCUUUUUGAGCGCACCGCUUCUAACGUUCCUUUCGGGGUUUCUGUUAUAUCCUCCGUAUUUUUAA